UUUUGCACGCGUCGAAGGAAGUGUAUAUGCAGCUAGGAAAGCGAAGAAUUAUUGCAGAUAUAAGGUUAUUUUCCCCUUAAUUUUACCGUCUUAGGACUCGCCGAUCGUGCCGGCCUUUUAAGGGGAAGUAACAACGUUGUGUGGGCUAAGGAAUGGCCGAUUUGCCUGAGAAGCGGCCAGGAACAAGCCCAAGCGGCACAGCAACUGGUGCUGCAGCUCAUGCAGAUCCAUUUCAUCGUAAGUCACUUCGUAAGCCGCCCAAAGGAGUACAACGUAAGCAACAAGGGUCAUCGAAAUUUCGUACCGAUGUUAAUGUCGAACUGCAAUCGUUGCCGCUACUGAAAGAAACGAAUACAACCGAACAACAAGAAUUGUUCAUCAAAAAACUCAAGCAAUGUUGCGUUGUGUUUGAUUUUAUGGACCCAGUAAGCGAUCUUAAAGGGAAGGAAAUUAAGCGAUCUACACUCAACGAACUAGUGGAUUAUAUAACUUCUGGAAGGGGAGUUCUUUCUGAACCAGUGUAUCCUGAAAUCGUAAAUACGGUGGCGUACAAUAUUUUCCGAACGCUUCCUCCCUCAGAAAAUCCGGACUUCGACCCAGAAGAGGAUGACCCAACCCUGGAGGCCUCAUGGCCUCAUCUUCAGAUAGUCUAUGAAUUCUUUCUUCGAUUCCUUGAGUCCCCUGAAUUCCAACCAACCAUUGCAAAAAAGUUCAUUGAUCAAAAGUUUGUCCUUCAACUUCUGGAGCUUUUUGACAGCGAAGACCCGCGGGAAAGGGACUUCUUGAAGACUGUUCUACACAGAAUUUAUGGAAAGUUUCUUGGACUUCGAGCAUUUAUUCGUAAACAAAUUAAUCACAUUUUCUUGAAGUUUAUUUAUGAAACUGAACAUUUUAAUGGUGUUGGAGAACUGUUAGAAAUUUUAGGAAGUAUUAUCAAUGGAUUUGCACUGCCACUUAAAGUGGAGCACAAACAGUUUCUAAAUAAAGUGUUGAUUCCUCUACAUAAAGUCAGAUGUCUGGGGCUUUAUCAUGCUCAGUUAGCCUACUGUGUUGUACAGUUCUUGGAAAAAGAUGCAGCAUUAACUGAGCAAGUAAUCACAGGUCUUCUCAGGUAUUGGCCAAAAACUAGUAGUCAAAAAGAGGUGAUGUACCUGGGGGAGAUUGAAGAAAUCCUAGACGUUAUAGAACCUCAACAGUUCGUUAAGAUACAGACGCAUCUUUUCAAGCAAAUCGCAAGAUGUGUGUCGAGCCCACAUUUUCAGGUUGCUGAGAGAGCACUGUACUUUUGGAACAACGAGUACAUUAUGAGUUUAAUAGAAGAAAAUUCCAAUACGGUCUUGCCAAUAAUGUUUAAUAGUUUGUACAGAAUAUCCAAAGAUCAUUGGAAUCAAACAAUCGUAGCUCUUGUUUAUAAUGUCUUGAAGACGUUUAUGGACAUGAACAGUAAACUUUUCGACGACCUUACGUCCUCAUAUAAAGCAGAUAGACAAAAAGAGAAAAGGAAAGAAAAAGAAAGGGAGGAAUUAUGGAAAUCUUUAGAACAGUUAGAGAUUGAUCAUAAAAUGAAGCGAAACUUUACACCAAACGCGAAACUCGACUCCAGUUCGACCGAAACGCAAGAAAACGCCGUGCCGAAGGAUCAAGACGAGACAGCAUGUUAGAAAUAUAAUAUGUGCGCGCCAAAUGUAAAUGUCUUUGAAAAAAACACCGCGACAGUUUGCCGCACUUCCGUCGAAUAUCGCCGUAAAACGACAAUAUUGUCGCCUGUUGUACGCUGCGGGCAAAACGGAUCAUAAUUUACGCUGGGCGGAAAACAAACGCCGUGCUUGCGCGGUUUUUGCACAAUUUUUAGAGACUGAUAAGUAUGCUUAAAUAUAUAUAAGACAGUUCACCCGCGCGUCGCGGGCAGUACAGUAUAAAUUAGGUGUAAAUCGCAAAGUUAAUUAAUUUCAUCUCAAGUCA